AUGGCCAACGCUGGGUUCCAACUCUUGGGCAUCGCCCUGGCAAUUAUCGGUUGGAUAGGAGACAUUAUUAUCUGCGCGCUACCCAUGUGGAAAGUAACAGCCUUCAUUGGGAACAACAUUGUGACCGCACAGGUCUUCUGGGAGGGUCUAUGGAUGAACUGUGUCCAGCAGAGCACAGGCCAGAUGCAGUGUAAGGUCUACGAUUCAAUGCUGGCCUUGCCCCAGGACCUGCAGGCAGCUAGAGCGUUGGUCGUUAUCUCCAUUCUGGUGGCCUUCAUGGGGAUCUUCCUCGCCAUGGCUGGCGGGAAGUGCACCAACUGCAUCGAAGAUGAGGAUGCAAAAGCAAAAAUUGCCAUUGCUGCAGGAGUCGUCUUCAUCGUCGCAGGAGUACUGGUCUUAAUCCCUGUGUCCUGGUCCGCCAACACCGUCAUCAGGGAUUUUUACAACCCCAUGAUGAUUGACGCCCAGAGGAGGGAUCAAACUACAAUGGCCAACGCUGGGUUCCAACUCUUGGGCAUCGCCCUGGCAAUUAUCGGUUGGAUAGGAGACAUUAUUAUCUGCGCGCUACCCAUGUGGAAAGUAACAGCCUUCAUUGGGAACAACAUUGUGACCGCACAGGUCUUCUGGGAGGGUCUAUGGAUGAACUGUGUCCAGCAGAGCACAGGCCAGAUGCAGUGUAAGGUCUACGACUCAAUGCUGGCCUUGCCCCAGGACCUGCAGGCAGCUAGAGCGUUGGUCGUUAUCUCCAUUCUGGUGGCCUUCAUGGGGAUCUUCCUCACCAUGGCUGGCGGGAAGUGCACCAACUGCAUCGAAGAUGAGGAUGCAAAAGCAAAAAUUGCCAUUACUGCAGGAGUCGUCUUCAUCGUCGCAGGAGUACUGGUCUUAAUCCCUUUGUCCUGGUCCGCCAACACCGUCAUCAGGGAUUUUUACAACCCCAUGAUGAUUGACGCCCAGAGGAGGGAGCUGGGGGCAUCACUGUUCAUCGGCUGGGGCUCAGCUGGUCUCCUGCUAAUCGGUGGCGCUCUGCUCUGCUGCCAGUGUCCUAAGAAAGAGGAGGGACGAUACACCGCCAAAUAUUCAGCACCGCGAUCUGCAGCCAACGGAGGCGCCUACGUUUAAGAUGGAACUCAACGAUUCUGCAGUAAAGGGUUAAUUAGUGAGAUUUCUCACAACUCGUUCAACCCAAAGUAAACCAUGGAUUU